ACAUCCGCUCCGAGCGGAUCGGCUGCUCUUUAUAAAGGGCUGCUACGCAGCCUGGCACGGAAUUAGCUAGAGCAGGACUCGGACCAGUGCCAGUGUCAGAGUCGGAUUCGGAGUCAGGGUUAGGCUCCACGGAUGGACGCGAUGCUGAAUUUCACAACCGAGGACGAAGACGACUAUUACCAGCUGCUCGGAUGCGAUGAACUGUCCACGACAGAGCAAAUUUUGGCCGAAUUUAAAGCCAAGGCCCUGAGCUGCCAUCCUGACAAACAUCCAGAUAAUCCAAAAGCAGUGGAGGAGUUUCAGAAACUGCAGCAGGCUAAGGAAACCCUGACCAAUGAAGAACGACGUGCCCGCUAUGACCACUGGUAUCGCAGCAAGAUUGCAAUUCCAUUUCAUCAGUGGGAGGCUCUAAGUGACGCUGUCAAAAUGACAAUGCACUGGGCAGUAAGAAGUAAGAAGGAGCCAAUGUUGGAAGCGCCUACUGCAGAUUCUGAUGGCUCCACCAAGAAAGGGGAACAAAGACAAUCUACAGAGGAAGAAUGGAAUGAAGGGUCUCCUGAUGGUGAUGGAGCUGGAAUCAAAGAGACAGAAGUGACAAAUGAGGAUCAACAUUUUGCCGAGGAUCCCACUUCUCCACGAAUUUUUGACAUCAGCGACUGCCACUAUCAUUUCCGCUGGUCGGCCGAUGCUCCCUCAGAAUUACUAAGGAAAUUCAGAAACUAUGAAAUUUGAUGAAGUUUCACCUGGGAUUCUCAACUUUACUAAAAUAUCUCUCGUCAGAUCAGUUUAUCCCUUGUAUUUUGAAUGUCCUGUGGAAAGUUUUUUUUUGUGAUAUGUUGUGUAUUUCACCUGAGAAAUAGCUAGAGAUGACCAUCUCUAUAAAUGGUCUUUCUUAUUUCUUAUAUAUGUGAUUAAAUGUUACUGUUCCUCAGACUACCAGUUUUAUGUAGGUGUUUGUAAGAUGCAAACUGCAUCCUCUGAUUUUAAUUCUUUGAGGUCUUGCUGUGUAAUAUUGAAAUGGGAGUUAAAAUAUUUAAUUCAC